ACUCGGUGGGCGGACUCAGAGGUCUGAAGCAGACAUCAACGCGCUGCUCCCACACACAGCGGUGCUACUUGUAUCAUCGGACACCACGAGAGUUACGUUUCACUUUCUUUUCCUCAGAAAGGGACUCGCCUCUGCUUCGCCGAGCCGACGUAUGUCCUCGAGCCGCCGUUGGUCGCCACGUCUAAAGGCCGCGGUUAUUAUGGAGAAACCAAAUAAAGACAAACCCAGCAUUGGCUUUUCAUUUGGAAUACCGGUUCCGGCUCCUUCAGCUAAACCUGCUAUCGGCAUGUUAACGGACAGCAAAGAUUCUUACAGCAUAGUUACAGGUGUCAGUUCAACAGAGAGAAGAGUGAAAGAUCAUUUGUAUACAUUCCCAGCACCGCGACCAAAUUUGGAAUGUCAAUGGAGAGACAUGGAGUGGACAGAAGAGCAAAGGACGAGCCUGAUGAAGACGAUCAGCUCCUACAGACCAAGCAGUGCCGAGGUGACUCGGGCUCAGGUUCUCCUCCUGGGUCCGGUUGGUUCUGGAAAGUCCAGCUUCAUCAGCUCAGUCCAGUCUGUGUUUAAUGGAAGAGUCACCAACCGAGCCAUGGUGGGCUCUUCCUCCACCAGCUUCACCAAGAAGUCCUUCAACAUCCACGGUCAGAAUGGAGAGGAUCCAACUGGGCUGAUAUUGUGCGAUAUGGUGGGCCUGGGAGGUGGAGAAAUGAUCGGACCGACCCUCCACGACAUCCUGUCCAUCAUCAAAGGUCAUGUACCCGAGGGGCACAAGUUUAGUCCAGAUCAGCCAGUGAGGUCUGAGACUGUGGGCUAUGUGAAGAGGCCAAGCCUCAAAGAUAAGAUCCAUUGUGUGGCCUUUGUGGUGGACGCCUCUAAAAUCCUGACCUACCCUAAAGACCUCAGCACCACCUUCCAGCAGCUCCGGGAGCACAUCAGUGACCUGGGUGUACACCAGGUGGCUCUGCUGACCCACAUAGACCAAAUUUGUUCAGAAACGGACAAAGACACCACCCAGGUUUACAAGAGCCGCGCCAUUCGGGACAUGAUGGGUAAAGCUGGAGCUCUGCUGGGUAUGUCCAGCUCCUACAUCGUCCCGCUGAAGAACUACUCGUCAGAACUGGACCUGGAUGUGAACACGGAUGUGCUUCUGCUUAGUGCUGUCGACCACAUCCUGCAGUAUGCUGACCUGCAUUUCCAGGACCAUGCAUCCCUCCACACAGGGCCAAAGAUAGACUAAAACAUUCCUUGUUCUUCUAAAAAUAUUGAAAAAGUCAUCAUUUACAUUUAAAUAAUCGUUUGUGGUUUAAUGUCAACAAUUAAAACGCAACCUCGGGGAUAAAGGAUUUUGUGAACAGGAUUUGAUCAUUUCUGACUAUCGAAGCUACAGUACAAUCACAUAAAAUGUCACAUGUAGUGGCUUUAAACUUCCAUGUGAACCUUUACGCUUUCAUGUUUUUUACAAAAUUAUAAUAAAACAUUUUUUAUAAUUCAGAAUAAAAUCUGAACUUUGUAAUAUCUUUUUUGUAAGCAUAAACUAUGCUCUUUAUACCAUGGGCAAUGAGCCUCAUUGCCCAUGGUAUAAAGAGUGGCAGUUUUCUCACAUUUCUUUUUUAUUAUGUAAUUUACAAGUGGUGUUGACCUGUCUUACUGUCUGUCCUGUUACUGAAAUACAAAAUAAACAACUACUUAUCUUUAAA